AUGACUGCCACCCCUAAGUGCUACGUCUUGCGGCUGGUUCUCCGCAUGGCGUCCGCGGGCGCCCGGGCUGCGGAUGUGCCCUCCGGCCGGCGAGGGUGCCUCCGGGAGCGGCCCGCGGGCGGCCCUGGGCGCCGCUCAUUCCAGGGAGCAGGCCGAAGGAUUGAGCUCAGCGCCCGCGGGCCCCAGGCCCGAGCCCGGCUCAAUGCUACUGCCUCGUUGGAGCAGGAGAGGAGCAACGAGCCCCAAGCCAGGCCCGGACCCCAUGACACGGGAGAUGCUGCGGCUGCCCCGGCUGCACCCCAAGCCCAGCACACCCAGAGCCAGGAAGGAGCAGCCAACUCAGAGCUGGCAAAGGAGGAUACGGUGCUCCCCUUUGAGGAAGUCUUGGAGAAAGCCAAAGGUGGGGACCCCAAGGCACAGACGGAGGUGGCACGGCACUACCUGCGGCUGGCCAGCGAGACGGAUGAGGAGCUCAACAGCUGUACAGCCGUGGGCUGGCUGGUCCUUGCGGCAAAGCACGGCCGGCGGGAGGCUGUCCGCCUGCUGCGCCGGUGCCUGGCGGACAGGAAAGGCAUCACCUCUGAGAACGAGCAGCAGGUGCAGGAGCUGACCUCAGAGACGGAGCUGGAGCGGGCGGUUCGCAAGGCGGCCCUGGUCAUGUACUGGAGGCUCAACCCCAGGAAGGAGAAGCGCGUGGCCGUGUCAGAGCUGCUGGAGAACGUGGGCCAGGUCGAUGGGCACGAUGGGGGAACCCGGCCAGGCCCCGUCCCCAAGGCCCUGCAGAAGCAGAGGCGGAUGCUGGAGCGUCUGGUCAGCAGUGAGUCCAAAAACUACAUUGCUCCGGAUGACUUUGUGGAGAUCACCAAGAAGUACGCUAAGGGCAUCAUCCCGAGCGGCCUGUGCCUGCCGGACGGGGAUGGGGAUGACGAUGACGAGCUGGCUGGGAGGAGCCCUGAGGACCUACCGCUGCACCUGAAGGUGGUCAGGUACCCCCUGCACACCAUCAUGGAGAUUAAGGAGUACCUCAUCGACGUGGCCUCCAAGGCGGGCAUGCACUGGCUGUCCACCAUCGUGCCCACCCACCACCUCCACGCCCUGCUCGUCUUCUUUGUCCUCAGCAACCUGACCAUAGACUUCUUCGCCUUCUGCAUCCCCCUGGUGGUCUUCUACCUGUCCUUCUUGUCCAUGGUCAUCUGCACCCUCAAGGUGUUCCAGGACAGCCGGGCCUGGGAGAGCUUCCGCACACUCACCGACCUGCUGCUGCGCUUCGAGCCCGGCCUGGACGUGGAGCAGGCCGAGGGCAACUUCGGCUGGAACCACCUGGAGCCCUACGUCCACUUCCUGCUGUCCGUCUUCUUCGUCAUCUUCUCCUUCCCCGUGGCCAGCAAGGACUGGGUGCCCUGCUCCGAGCUGGCCCUGGUGGCUGUCUUCUUCACCGUGACCAGCUACGCCAGCCUGGGCACCUCGGCCGAGCCUCACACUCGCCGGGCGCUGGCCACCGAGGUGGCGGCAGGCCUGCUGUCGCUGCUGCCCACCCUGCCCCUUGACUGCCAGCUGCUGAAGCUGCUCAGCCAGACCCUGCUCCGCGUGCCCCUGGGCCGUCUGGUGGUGCUGAACCUCGGUGUGCCCUGCCUGCUGUACCUGCACCUCUUCUACUGCUUCUUCCGCAUGGCGCGGCUCAGGCACUUCAAGGGCACCUACUGCUACCUGGUGCCCUACCUGGUCUGCUUCAUGUGGUGUGAGCUCGCCGUGGUGCUGCUGCUGGAGUCCACCGGCCUGGGGCUGGUGCGGGCCUCCGUCGGCUACCUGCUCUUCGUCUUCGCCCUCCCCAUGCUGGUGGUGGGGCUGGGCCUGCUGGGCCUGGUGCAGCUGGCACGCUGGGUCGUGUCCCUGGAGCUGACCAAGGCAGCCGUCACGGUGCUGGCGUGCGGCGUCCCGCUGCUGCUGCUGCGCUGGGGCGCCGGGGCCCGCGCCUCGGUGGCCAGCGCGCUGCACUCCCUGACCCGCAGCUCCAUGGUCAAGCUCAUCCUGGUCUGGGUCUCGGCCGUGGUGCUCUUCUGCUGGUUCUACGUGUACCGCUCAGAGGGCAUGAAGGUGUACAACUCCACGCUGACCUGGCCUCAGUAUGCUGCCCUGUGCGGGCCACGUGCCUGGCGGGAGACCAACAUGGCACGCACGCAGAUCCUCUGCAGCCACCUGGAGGGCCACCGCGUCACCUGGACGGGCCGCUUCAAGUACGUGCGGGUGACGGAGAUCGACAACAGCGCUGAAGCGACCAUCAACAUGCUGCCCUUCGCCGUGGGCGACUGGCUGCGCUGCCUGUACGGGGAGGCCUACCCGUCCUGCGGUGCCGGCGGUGCCCCCACUGCUGAGCAGGAGCUGUGCCGCCUCAAACUGCUGGCCCAGCACCGCUGCCACAUCAAGCACUGGGACCGCUACAAGUUCGAGCUCACGGUGGGCAUGCUGCGCGGCAGCACCAACGGCACACGCAGCGCCGAGGAGGAUGACGUCACGAAGGACAUCGUGUUGCGCGCCAGCAACGAGUUCCGCGCCGUGUUGCUGGGCCUGCGCCAGGGUAGCCUCGUGGAGUUCAGCACUGUGCUGGAGGGCCGUCUGGGCAGCAAGUGGCCCGUCUUCGAGCUGAAGGCCAUCAGCUGCCUCAACUGCCCAGCGCAGCCCUCACCGGCCCCGCGGCACGUCAAGCUUGAGCAUGACUGGCGCAGCACCGUACACGGGGCCCUCAAGUUUGCCUUCAACUUCUUCUUCUUCCCGUUUCUGUCAGCCACAUGA